AGCUCUCGGUGGCGAGUUACUUCCUCGCGCGGCUGCCGGGGUCGCGGGCGGAGGCCGGGCCGGGGCUCGCGGGCAUGGUGCGGGGCAGGAUCACCGGGCUGGCGGCGAGCGACGUCCGCUUCCCCACCUCGCUGGGGCACCAUGGCUCCGAUGCUAUGCACCCGGACCCUGACUAUUCUGCUGCCUAUGUUGUAAUAGAAACUGAUGCCCGUGAUGGACUCAAAGGUUACGGAUUAACAUUUACUUUGGGUAAAGGCACAGAAGUUGUUGUUUGUGCAGUUAAUGCUCUCUCCAUUCACGUGGUUAAUAAAGACCUUGAAGAAAUUGUCAGCGAUUUUAGAGGAUUCUACAGGCAGCUCACCAGUGACGGACAGCUCCGAUGGAUUGGUCCAGAAAAAGGUGCUGUGCAUUUGGCUACCGCUGCUGUUCUGAAUGCCGUGUGGGAUUUGUGGGCUAAGCAGGAGGGAAAGCCUCUGUGGAAGUUACUAGUUGACAUGGACCCAAAGCAGUUGUUAUCCUGCAUAGAUUUCAGGUAUAUUACUGAUGCACUAACAGAAGAAGAAGCUCAUGAAAUACUCCAAAAUGGCCUACUUGGGAAGAAGGAAAGAGAAGAGCAAAUGUUAAAGCAUGGAUACCCUGCUUACACCACCUCUUGUGCCUGGCUGGGCUACCCGGACCAGCAGUUAAAACAGCUAUGCACGGAGGCAUUGAAGGAUGGCUGGACAAGGUUCAAAGUAAAGGUUGGUGCUGAUCUGCCAGAUGACAUUCGUAGAUGCAGACUUAUAAGAGAAAUGAUUGGCCCUGACAAGACAUUGAUGCUGGAUGCUAACCAACGAUGGGAAGUGAAGGAAGCAAUAGAGUGGGUCACUAAAUUAGCUGAAUUUAAACCAUUAUGGAUUGAGGAGCCAACUUCUCCUGAUGAUAUUCUUGGACAUGCAGCCAUUUCUAAGGCCUUGGCGCCAUUAGGAAUUGGUGUGGCAACAGGAGAACAAUGUCACAACAGAGUGAUAUUUAAGCAGCUCCUACAGGCUAAGGCCCUGAGCUAUCUCCAGAUUGACAGCUGCAGGCUGGGAAGUGUGAAUGAAAACUUGUCUGUGUUGCUGAUGGCCAAAAAGUUUCAAAUUCCUGUUUGUCCUCACGCUGGGGGUGUUGGACUCUGUGAGUUAGUACAGCACUUGAUAAUAUUUGACUAUAUUUCAGUAUCUGGAAGCCUUGAAAACAGGAUGUGUGAGUAUGUAGAUCAUUUGCAUGAACACUUCAAAUAUCCUGCUGUAAUCAAGAAAGCUUCCUAUGUACCACCUCAGGAUGCUGGAUAUUCCACUGAAAUGAAAGAAGAGUCUGCAAGGAAAUACCAGUUUCCACAGGGAGAAGUUUGGCAGAAGAUCCUUUCUAAGCCAUAAAAUACAACUGCCUUAAGCCUAACCCUGACAAUUUUCAGGCUGAAGAUUAAAUAUCCCAAGCUGUUCACACACUAUUGUUAGGUGAUGAUACAAGAUUUCAGCUGCCAGUGAAUGCUUUUGUAUAAUGAGGCAAAAACCUACAGGAAUUAACAUAACACAGUCCAGGAUGUCUAGUUUUUGAUCGAUGUAGUUUAAAGAAAUGACUGGGGCCUAUAUUCCAGCAAAGUUGUUAUACUUUAGUGAAUGGACUAUGAACUGAAUUUCUAGAACUAGUCUACAAAUCAGUAACUUUGCAGUAUCUUUUCAUAGAUUCCAAGGGCAGACCACUGUGAUCACCUAAUCUGGCCACCUGCAAAAUACAAGCCUUAGAAUUUCCCCAACAUAAUUCCUUUUGAACUGGAGCAUCCAAUGUGACCCUUGGUAAAUUGUUCCAGGGGAUUUUCUUACACUAUACUAAAGUAUUUGAAUUUAGAGAUUUAAAAUAAAAUUCCUUACUGUCUACUCUUGUCCUAAUCAUAUACAAAACUUCAUAUUGGUUAUGUUGUGGAACCAAAAGCUGUUGCAUGUACUGUUAAGUACAGAAACAAUGAGAUGUCCAGUGGUACUUUAAAGACUUAACAUUUAUUUGGCAUAAGCUUUUGUGGGUUAAAAAAAAACACUUCAGAUGCAUGUUAAGGAUGGAGCUAUUCAGAGUUGUCCUACUGAUUGUAUGUUUGUAAGUUUGGUUCUCAAUGAAAAUACUCAGCUACCAUGUGUGUACGUAAACGUCCAUGGCUUGGUAAGAUAGGCAGCAUCAUGAAAGAUCCAGAACUGGCCUGACAUCACCUGUAGCGGGGGUAGAGUUGACAGAGCUAGGUGUUAUGCUUUAUUUGUAUCAAGACUUGUGACUAGACGUUUGCCAAAUCAUCAAAAUUGAAAUCCAUGUCCAACAAGCUUCUGUAGGAAGCCUGCCUGGCUUCUUGACAAUUUGCUCACUUGCCCACCACCUUAACAGCCUGCCCAGGGGGAGCACAGCAUUUGGGAGCCUGCAGUCCCUAGCUUCAGUGUAGUCCACCAAGUACCCUGCCUGUGAGUCAGAACUUCCACAGCCCCCAGUCCAAUUAGGAGAGUUAAUGCUUUGAUUUUUGGUCUGAAAUUGAACAAUGCCAAUCCUCUGAAAGUUACCUUGCU